UAUUGUAACAAAUUAUUUUGUAAUUACAGCAUAUGUAUAGUGUGUGACUAAUAACGAUCGACUAAGAAUUCCUUACGAGGUAUAAGCGCAAUGUAUCAUCGAUGAAGAAGCUGAAAAAAAAGUCGGAUAGCGCGAGAGGCGGGCAAGCGAGCAAAACUGCAGGCGCCACAAAUACAAGCGGAGAUGCAUCACCUACCCGUGUGUGUAGAGAUUUCCUGCGAAACGUAUGUCACAGGGGUAAACGUUGCAAGUAUUUACACGAACGUUCCGAAGACGAUCCUAUAGACGAAUAUACGUUCUGUCAUGACUUUCAAAAUGGUAUGUGUAAUUGGCCUGGAUGUAAAUUUCUUCAUUGUACGGAAAGUGAGGAGAAGAGAUUCCGAGCAACAGGAGAAUUACCUGCUCAUAUCUUGAGCAGGCUCAAGAAUAAUAAUGAGAAAUCUGAAUAUCCUAUGUGCAAAGAUUUUAUUAAGGGUAGUUGUCAAAGAACAAAUUGUAAAUUCAGACAUUGGAAGAAUGAAGAACCACAGCAUAAUUUGAUUGCUACUUCCCAUCAUAAUGUAUCUAGACCACAGCAUAAUUUUAAUGGCACUAGUAAUGAUGAAAAUCGGAGAUACGAAGAGGAUAGAAAUUUCCACUGGCAAAUGGAAGAUCAACAUAACUUAGUCACAAAUAAUGGUUAUAAUACAUCUUCACAUCCACCUGAUUAUAUAGGACCUCCUGAACCAAAGAGACGAAUAGUUUCUGGUGAAACUGUUGUUCAUUUUGAAGCUUCACAACUUGUAGGCCAACAUACUGCACAACCAGUUACACCAGGAUACUAUUAUCCAGUAAUACCACGUAAUGAAGCUAGAGCAAUUGUUUUAGAAGAUGAAAAUGCUUUAUUAAGAAAAAAAAUAGAAGAAUUAAAAAAACAAGUUAGUGAUUUAACAGCAACUAAUGAAUUUCUUUUGGAUCAAAAUGCUCAGUUAAGAAUGUCAGGGAAACGAACUGCAAAUGUAACGGCUGUUACAGUUCCUGCAGUUACUAUUACAAAUACUGUUCCACCAUCACAAGCUCCAACACCUCAACAAAUGGUUAAUGCAGCAGUAGCUGCUGGUACCUUACGUACAGUUACUGCAAGUGUUGCGACUGUUCCUGUAAGUAUAGCUACAGUUGCACCUGUUUCUAUUGCAGCAGUUUCAAUGGCACCAGUAUCAAUUCCGCCUCCCAUUGUUACAAUGGCUCAACAAACUAUUACAAUGAGUGGUUCAGGUCCACAAGCAACUAAUCAACAGCCACCUAAUACACAACAACCAGCUAGCUUACCUCUUUCAAUAUCUGGUGCUACUGCACCAUUGGUUUCGUAUCCUAUUAUGACUCAAGAACUUAGGCCGGUAUUGCAGUAAAUAUACUAUAAAUGAGAAAGGAACAUCAAAUAAUACCUCAAACAUUUGAAGAAUCAAGAAUGCUGUCUUCUGCAUUCAGUCUUUCAAAAUGAUAUUGUAUUUCUACUAUUUUUUCGAAUAUAAGUGAUGAAUGUGAAAAGAAAUAUCUUCAGACGAUCAAAAAUUUUAGAGAAAUAAAUUGUUGAAAAUAUCAUAUUAAUAAAAAAAAAAUGCGACAUCUUCAAUAUUUAUGUAGAAACUCAUAGAAAUUAUGUACAGGAUAAACAUAAUGAUCAUAACUGUUUUUUAGCAGUAUAGCUUAAAUAACAUGCCCUUAUUAUAAUCUCUUAAGUCUAGUAUUUUCGUUCCUUUCAAUAGUUUACCUUGUAAAAGGUGUUGACUACAUUAAUAUGUUAAUAUGCAACAAUAAAUGUCCAAAGUGUGUAUAGAUUUAGAUUAAUAAGAAUACUGAUCUAAAACCAUGUUGAAUGGUUGAGAAUGAUAUUCUCUUAUUCUUUUUUUGAUAUUGUAAUAUCAUAAAAAUACAAAUAAUUUUGUAGGUAAUUUUUUGUAUUAUUAAAAAAGAUAAUCAGAUACAAGUAAAAAAAAAUGUAAAUUAAAGAAAAUAUAGAUAAGAAAUGACUUGUUUAGACUAAUAUGUUAAAAUAAGUACAAAACUAGGAUGAAGCAUGUAAAUGAAUUAUAUUAAAAGUUCAAACUUAAGGUUACUGUUUUCUAAUGGUGAACCUUAUAUAUUCUGUACGCAAUGCUGUAAAUAAUAUUUUGUUGCUUCCUCAUUUUCUCAGAAAAAAUUUUUAUACUUCCAUCUCUUUAACAAAUAAGUUAACUACUCUUAUAAAAUAGUGAUAUUUUAAUAAAUUAAGUACUUACUUAUUGUGGUCUUUUGUGUUUUUACAAUUUUACUUAAGUAAAUGGCUUUGCAUUCAGGUGAUGGAAAGUAAAGACUAUGGUUUUAAACCGAAUGUAAGAAUCAGAUACACAGACAUGUAACAUGCAUCCCAUAAACCAAAUAAACAUAUGUACAUGUUUUCAAGUUAUAUUAUCAGUCAUGGAUUGAUAUAUGUGUAAAUA